GGAGUACACGCAGUGCUGAGGAAUAUUGCUGUGGAUAUGAUGCCACUCUGUGUGCUCCUCCUUCUCAGUGUGUGCCAUCAGAGCUCAACAGCAGUAUUGAACAAGUACGGAGAGCCAAGGAACCUAUUUGCAGAGAGAGCCUGCUGUAGACGCCAGAGUCACUUCAUCUACAUAGGAAAAGAUAUCUCAGGCAGUCCAGUGAAUGUGGAUGUGGGCAUGUGCAGAACACAUUGCCAAUCACAGCCUUCCUCUUUCGAGCUUGGGAUGCAAAGCUACUCAAGACACUCCUCCAUGCUUGACUUCCUCAAAGACAAAAAGAUGCGAAUGCUUGGAGCUCCAUCUCGAGAGUCUGGGCCCACUGGUGGUGGUGCGCCGUCAUGCGGAUCCAGCUCUACCUGUGAGCCCACUGGGACACGAGUGGACAAAGUGCUGCUUCUUGAUGGUCUGCGGGAAGUUGAAAUCAUCGAGGACUGCCACUGUGAGGCCAAGGUGACAUGGUGCCUCCGUGCACCCUCUCUCAAGACCUACUUCUUCGAAACGCCAUACGAGACCGUAAUUGAUGUUGGGAAGUGUGUGGGGUCAAAAGGUGAACUAGAGGGAUUUUCCUGUGUGCCUACUAAGUUUGAUUCUGCUCUUGUGGACACUCCAAACAAAGCGGAGCUGAUUCAGACGGUGGCAGGCUGUGAUAUGAAAGAAGGCUGCUACAGAAUCCCUUAUGUGGAAUAUCAUUAUGAGAUCACGUACAAUGAGGAAGGGCUCAAAGAAGAGAAACUGAAGGAAAUAGACGUGGGGAGAUGUUUGGGAAGCUGCACCUCAGGAAACCGCUGUCUUCUCAGGAGCGCCUCGGACUCUGCUGAGUGUUUGCUGUGGGCAGAAGGGCAGGGCAGCGCGUGCGUGCCGCAGGGCUACGAGAGCCACACGUUCCUGAACCAGCACGGCCAAACCCGCACAGUGCUCGCCAUCACCUCGUGUCUCUGCCAGUCUUAA